GCCAACUCUUAACCAACACGUCACUCGGCUGGCCUGCACCCCAUCAUUAAGAUGAACUUGUUCUGCAAACCUCACUAGUGAUAUUCCUCCAGUCCCUCUCUCUGCGACUGUGGAGAGAGUAGUGAGGGAGAGUAUGCCAUUUCUUUGGCAUUCCCAGGGCUGGUGGUCUUGUGCUUCUGGGGAGGAGAGAGGCAUGAAGGAUAGAGAAGCAGCCUCCCCUAGACAGAAUAUGAGGGGUGUUUGGCCCGGAGCCUGUUUCUCUUGCCUAUCUCCAGGGAAGGGAUCAUGAGCCCAGCCAGGUUGGCAGCAGCAAGGUUGCCUGAAUUUCCUCUCCAGAUUCCAGGCCUGAUUAGGUCCCAGAGACAAAGAGUGGCCGUGUGUUCGGGAGGCGCCCAGGGCAGCUCCACCUUGCUGGGCCCAUGCCUAGAUUUGGUCACUUGGCUGGGCUGUAAGGGCCUCUGGGCAGAAUGGUCCGGAUCUCCCCUCCUUAACUCUGCCAUGAGCCACAGAGCAAGAAAGCUAGACCAGUCCAACAGGUACAGAUGAAGACACUCAGGCCCAGAGAGAGGGCCUGACUUAUUCAAGGUUACACAGCAAAGUCCUAGGCAGAGCUGGGCCAAACCAGGUCUCAGGCUUAAAACAUGAGCACCCUUUCAUGUGCUCAUACCUGUCACCCUUUCUCCUCCACACCCCAAAAGAACCUCUUGGAGGCCCAGCUGGCAUCUCAGCAACUCAAUUUCCCCUGAGAGGUAAGAUUGAGCAAGGGGUGGGGCCAGCAUUGUGAGUGACAGUCACACUGCAGACCCAGCUUCCGCCACAAACCCCCUGGCCAGGCUCUGGCUGUGCCCUACCUGCUCCAUCACAUUCCACCCACACAGAUAAUUGAGGGUCUUGCAGGGGGAUUCGCCCACCCCCACUCCAGCUCCAGGCUAGAGAUGAGGGUCAGGGGGGCUCCAGGCACAUGGGUGGCCCUUGCAUCCCCUCACCUCCUCUCAAUUCCCAGAUAUACAAGGAGCUGCCAUAAGUCUCCAUGGCAACCAUUGCCCCUGGCCUCCAAAGGCCCAAAGCCCAGCCUUCCUUGCAGACCUCCAUCUCCCAGAGAAAGGCAUCCUGGCCUCUCAGAGGAGGAGACUUAGGGGGUCUCAGGCUGAGCUGCUUUGUCACAGCUUUUUUGGGGGUUGGGGCCUCUCAGGCCCUCACUCUUUAUAGCUGGACGUUGGGCUAAAGGGCACAGCCUAGCCUGUUUCCAGGUCACAGCAAGGCCCAGUGAGUCCCAUCCACUUUCAGCACAUACUUAUUGAGCGCUGGGUAUGUGCCAGGCCCUGAUUGGGUGCUGGGUACCGAGUCCUGUGAGCAGUCACCUUCUAGGGGGGAGACAAGCUAUAAAAAAGUCAACGAGGUCAAAUUAUGAGAAAAGUGCUAGUAAGAAAAUAAAGCUAGGAAUAAGGAAGGGAGUGGGCCUUGUGAGAAUCUGGUAGAAUCCAGACAGAGGGGCAGCAAGGAAACCCUUAGGGAGUAGCAGCAGGAAACUGUGAAGUAGAGCCUGGGAAAUAAACUUCAGGGUGUUCUAACAGGUUACUUCAACUCUCUGGGGGAGAAUAAUGCCUGUGUUACGGGACUGAUGUGAAGGUUAACUGAGACGAGGCUUUAUGGAACCAAGGCACAGGGCCCAGCACGGAUUACAUGUGCUCAAUCAACCGUGGCUGUCGUUCACGGUCCAGAGCGCCCCCCACCCCCUCCAGGGCUAAGCCGUGUUGUUGCCUGCUGUGGGGUGGGGGGUUGGGGGGCAGAGGAAGAGAGCCAGGCCCUCGCCAGGCACAACCAUGACACGACGGUCUAGGCAAGGGUGGGGAUCUCCGCCCCUGCCCAGGCAGCCCCAGACCACCCCUGUCAGUGAGGCCUUUCUCCAGUUCCUGGGCAGAAGGCAACCCUCACAAGCCCGCUUUGUCCCAGCCGAGCUCGGGCUGCUGCCAGGCUGGGCCACCUGGACUGGGCGGAGGGAUGGGGUGGGGUAGGGUGGAGUGGGGUAGGUUGGGAGGUGGAGCGGACCGGAGAGCAGAGAGAAAAGCGGGGCUUAGGUGCUCCGCGGCUCCACGGAAAGCUUCGGCCGGCCGGCCGGCCGGCCCCGCCUCCUACCCCCCUGAGCAGGUGUCCCCAACCCCCGGAGCCGGCAUUCCAGUCCCCUCCUUCUUACUCCGGCAGUCCCUUUCAUCCAGGGCCUGGGGUCACGGCCCCUCCCACGGAGGGAGGUUAAAGGGAGGAGAUGGGGCCCCAGAGCAGCGAGGAGGGGGAUGGGCCUUCCUGGGUGGCGGCCCCCCGCUUCUUCUACCCAUCCUGAGGGUUUCCUGGAUUCCUCCAGGGCCUGAAGUGGGAAGGCCGUCGGAUGCCGGGGGUCUCCCCGCCCUUCGGGCUCAGCCAAGCGGAGGUGAAACCUGAACCCAGGUUGGGGGCGGGGCUAGCUCCUGCUUGGACGGGGCUGGCCUGCGUCUCCACCCCUCUUUCCCCGCACCCUGGGCUGUUUGUGGAAGAGUAAGGUCCGGGUGCCCAAGCCGCUGCAGCAGGGUCCGCGAUGGAGCCCGCAGCCCGCGGUCGCACCCCGCCUUGAGCUCCUUGGCAGGCGGCCAUGCUGCCCCGAGGGCGCCCCCGGGUGCUGGGGGCCGCCGCUCUGCUGCUGCUGCUGAUUCUGAUCGGAUUCUUCCUGUUCGGCGGAGACCUGGCGUGUGAGCGCCGCGAGCAGAGAGGCCGGGGAUCCUUCCCCUGCGCGCUAACGCCACGUGUCCCCCCAGACGGAGACCCGUCGGUGGACCACCCGGGCCACAACCGCUCGGACUGCGUCCCGCUGCUGCCGCCGCCGCCUCCUAAGUGCGAGCUCUUGCACGUGGCAAUCGUGUGUGCGGGACAUAACACCAGUCGAGAAGUCAUCACCCUGGUGAAGUCCAUACUCUUUUACAGGAAAAACCCACUGCACCUCCAUUUGGUGACUGAUGAGGUGGCCAGGAACAUCCUGGAGAUGCUCUUCCACACGUGGAUGGUGCCUGCUGUGCGAUUCAGCUUCUACGAUGCCGAUGAGCUCAAGCCGCAGGUCUCCUGGAUCCCCAACAAGCACUACUCUGGCCUCUAUGGGCUAAUGAAGCUAGUGCUGCCGGGUGCCCUGCCUCCUGACCUGGCCCGGGUUAUUGUCUUAGACACAGAUGUCACCUUCGCCUCCGACAUUGCAGAGCUCUGGGCACUCUUUGCUCAUUUUUCUGAUGAGCAGGUGAUCGGUCUCGUGGAGAACCAGAGCGACUGGUACCUGGGCAACCUCUGGAGGAACCACAGGCCCUGGCCUGCCUUGGGCCGGGGAUUUAACACAGGUGUGAUCCUCCUGCGGCUGGACCGGCUUCGGCAGGUUGGCUGGGAGCAGAUGUGGAAGCUGACAGCUACGCAGGAGCUCCUCACCCUGCCCGCCACCUCACUGGCCGACCAGGACAUCUUCAAUGCCGUAAUUAAGGGCCACCCGGGGCUGGUGCAGCCCCUGCCCUGCGUCUGGAACGUUCAGCUGUCGGACCACACGCUGGCGGAGCGCUGCUACUCGGAGGCGGCUGACCUCAAGGUGAUCCACUGGAACUCGCCAAAGAAGCUGCGCGUGAAGAACAAGCACGUGGAAUUCUUCCGUAACUUCUACCUGACCUUCCUGGAGUAUGAUGGGAAUCUGUUGCGGAGAGGGCUCUUUGGGUGCCCCAGCCCACCCUCACCUGAGGCCGAGCAGUUGCAGCGGGCCCUGGCACAACUCAGCGAGGAAGAUGCCUGCUUUGAGUUCCGGCAGCAGCAGCUCACUGUGCACCGUGUGCAUAUCACUUUCCUGCCCCAUGAACCACCGCCCCCCCGGCCCCACGAUGUCACCCUUGUGGCCCAGCUCUCCAUGGACCGGCUGCAGAUGCUGGAAGCCCUGUGUAGGCACUGGCCGGGCCCCAUGAGCCUGGCCUUGUACCUGACAGACGCAGAGGCCCAGCAGUUCCUGCAUUUCGUCGAGGCCUCGGCGGUGCUUUCUGCCCGGCAGAAUGUGGCCUACCACGUGGUGUACCGCGAGGGUCCCCUCUACCCCAUUAACCAGCUUCGCAACGUGGCCUUGGCCCAGGCCCUCACACCGUACGUCUUCCUCAGUGACAUUGACUUCCUGCCUUCUUAUUCCCUCUACGACUACCUCAGGGCCUCCAUCGAGCAGCUGGAGCUGGGCAGUGAGCGGAAGGCAGCUCUGGUGGUGCCCGCGUUUGAGACCCUGCACUACCACUUUAGCUUCCCCAGUUCCAAGGCCGAGCUGCUGGCCUUGCUGGACAAUGGCUCUCUCUACACCUUCAGGUACCACGAGUGGCCCCGGGGUUACGCGCCCACAGACUAUGCCCGAUGGCGGGAGGCUCAGGCCCCGUACCGCGUGCAAUGGGCAGCUGAUUAUGAGCCUUACGUGGUGGUGCCACGUGACUGUCCCCGCUACGACCCCCGCUUUGUGGGCUUUGGCUGGAACAAGGUGGCCCACAUUGUGGAGUUGGAUGCACAGGAAUAUGAGCUCCUGGUGCUGCCCGAGGCCUUCACCAUCCACCUGCCGCACACCCCAAGCCUUGACAUCUCCCGCUUCCGCUCCAGCCCCACCUAUCGGGACUGCCUGCAGGCCCUCAAGGAGGAGUUCCACCAGGACUUGUCUCGCCACUACGGGGCUGCUGCCCUCAAAUACCUCACUGCCCUGCAGCAGCCUGGAGGCUCUGCCUGACCUCUUAAGGCUCACCCCCCGCCCCUUGCCUAAGCUCACACACACUCCCUGCAGACACUGGAGCAACCUGCCACCUCUCCCACC